AUGUACCGAGACAUCUACACGGCUCGUAGUGUUGUCAAGGACCCCAACUUCUAUCAACCGUUUGAGUUUAUUGGGGAGAACAAUGUAUUUGCAACAACAAACGAGAUCGACCAUGCAGCACGAAAAAAAAUCUUAUCUCCGCCGUUCUCUCAUCGAAAUGUCAUGGCCAGAUUCGAACUUAUCCUCGAGAGAACUGAUGUCAUGAUUGAUCGAAUCAUUCGACGAGCAUAUAACUCUACCUCUAGAACUGCAGAUGUUUAUGAGCCGCUUGGCAUCUGGAGUGUUGAAGUCAUAUGCAAGUUCAUGUUCAACUGUGGCAUGUCGCCUGACGAGCACGAAUUUUCCACCAUGUUAAAGGCAAUGGAGGGGAGCCCGCCAACAUUCUUUAUUGACAGAGCAUUUCCAUGGCUCAGGCGCCUUAAGCUUGAAGCUAGUCUCCCGGGUCCCAUCGGACACGCUUAUCGGUCCUCUGCACAGUGGCAUAAGGAAACAGCGAGGCUACUCGCAGAGUUCCAGAAAAGAGACCUGAGCACCGAGGAAAAACUGGGUUUUGUGGGCGGUCAUGUCUUCUUAACGCCACACAAGACUUUAGGACGCACUCUUACCUUUAACGAAGCCGUAGGAGAAGCCAUGGGCUUGGCGUUGGCUGGAAGCUCAGUUACCCAGCACACGUUGACGUAUCUCCUGUACGAGCUGGCCAAACCAGAGGGUCAAGCCAUUCAAGAGAAACUGCGGAGAGAGGUUCAGGAGGUUGGGGAUGAGGGUCCGGCGAUCAUGGAUCUUCGCUACCUGGCUGCUGUCAUCAAAGAAACGCACAGAGUGCAUCCGGCGAUUAUGUCGACCCUGCCCCGCAUCCUAACGCACCCCCUUGCUGUCCAGGACACUGAUAUCACACUCCCCCCAGGCACCAUUGUUGGAAUGCAGAACUUCGUACACCACAGAGAUCCAGUACUUUUCCCCGAACCCGACAGCUUUAUCCCAGAGCGCUGGUUGGAAGGACAUGCACUGAAUCAAGGUGUCACGUUGAAGGACAUGGAUGAAGCGCUCACGCCAUACAGUUUGGGACCAAGGGUUUGUUUGGGCCAGACAUUGGCCAAGAUCCAACUUCCGCUUUCAGUGACUAGACUUCUAAAGCGAGUCAAGUUCACUCUAAGUAAUGAGAUGACUGAGGAUGAUAUGUUCGGGCAGGACUCAUGGGCUGUGAAGAUUAAGGGAGGGAAGCUACUUUUACAGAUCCAGGUCUUAGAAAAGCAGAAAUAA